AUAUUUUCAGCAAUAGAUAAACAAUAUAAGUAUUUGUUCAAUUUUUCAGCAUGCAACUGUCAUCCAGUUGGUGCAUCCGGUAAAACAUGCAAUCACACCACUGGCCAAUGUCCAUGCAAAGACGGCGUGACCGGGAUAACAUGCGACAGAUGCGCUAAAGGAUACCAACAAAGUAGAUCGCAGAUCGCGCCAUGCAUAAAAUUGCCUUCAAAGAUUUUCGUGAAUCAAAUGUCGUCGGAUGCUCGUGCAGCAGAAAAUGAAGGAGGAGACGAAGGAGAUUAUGAUGAAGAUGACGAAGAUAACGAUCAAUGCGGCAAGUGUCGAUCCGGAACCAGGAGACUGAAUUUGAACAAGUACUGCCGUAGAGAUUACGCAAUAUUGGGGAAAAUGUCGGAACCAAUAGUGUCUAAGAACUGGGCCAAAUUCACGAUGAACGUACAGUCAGUGUAUAAGCGCAGCCAAGGGUCGAGACUUCGCAGGGGACCUACCACGUUCUGGAUACACGACAACGACCUGAAAUGCAAGUGUCCCAAAAUCAAGCCAGGAAGGCUUUACUUGAUUCUCGGCAAGGAGAAUGACGGCGAACGGCGCGACGGACUGGUGUUGACACAGAGAUCGAUAGUGAUCGAGUGGCGAGAAGAGUGGCACAACCGCAUGCGGCGGUUCCAAAGACGGGCCCAACACUGCGAUUAAAAAAAAAAAGGAAAAACGUCAUUAAAAAUUACAAUAUAAUAUACCCUCAGCGAGAAAUCACCUUUAAGAUAUAUAUAUAUAUAUCACCCAUAGAACCACCAACAUCCCCCCACCACCAUCACCACCACUGCGCCAACUUUCUUGUUCCCUGCAGGCUUCUAUAUAAUAAUAAUAUAUACGAUACGAGUCUCCCCUUAUUAUAUGGUUUUUUUCGUCCUUAUUAUAAUAUUAGGUAGGUAGCUACGUAGGUAGGAUACUCUUCAUCCGUAAUAUAUUAUUAUUAUUAUAAUGUAUACCGCCGAACACGAAUAUUUAUUACUUCUAUAUAGACGUUAAUCGUUUUAAUUCGUCGACGUGUGGUGUAAUGUUAAGUGUGUGCGUGUAGGUAUAUUGUGUGAGUUUAUAGAAAGAACGCACGGCGUAAACGGUAGUAUAGACACAUUAUACUAUGGCCACUUAUCUCUCCUCCAUUCUUAAUAUUACCUAUGUUAAACAUUAAAAUAAUUCACAAUAUUACCGAUACUAAUAUCAUGUAUUUUGUAACUCUUAAGUCAUUAGGUUAGCGUCGAGUACGUUUUUCGUUUAUUCGUAUGAAUACAAUAAUAAUAAUUAUAAUUGAACAUUUAUAUUAUAUACCUAUAUGGGGCUAUAUAUAAAUGAUUUAAUAAAAUAUGUAAUAAUAAAUACUCUUAGCGCGUUCGCGUACACAUUUAUAAGCAUAAUAUUAUAGCAAUAAUAAACAAUUCCAUUAUAUUAUUAUUAUUAUUAUUAUUAUUAUUAUUAUUAUUAUUACUAUAGUAUAGUAUUUUAUAAAUUAUUUAAUGAUAUUAAUUAUUAUCUACAACCAAGUGUUAUAGAAUGAAUCAACUAUCCCUUUUUCUCUUGUGUACAAUACAUGUAGGCACGCUGCCAUGGUAUCUAUAAAGUAACCAUCACAUUGGAAUAGGAUGAGCGUCAUCCACGAAUCAUUCAGUGCAGAAGUGUCGCUUUUAGUCGGCUCCCGCCCAUAUACUAUUGCAUAGUUUACUGAUAAAUACCUAAAUCAAAAAAUCUUUAGUCAUCUCAUUAGAGUUUUUGGUGUUAAAAUUUAUAUAGUAUAUACAAUAUAUAUAUAUAAUACGUGUAUGCCGUAAUAUUAUCAUAAAAUAUAUUAAUAUACUACAUUAUAUUCAGUCCUUAUAUUAUCAUUAUAUUAUUAUUAUUAUUAUUAUUAUUAUUAUUAUUAUUCUAGUUUUAGACUAUAAUCAAUCCGUAAUAUAAGUAGUAAUUAGUAUCUUAUACAGCAUCGGUAAUUCCUAUUAAUUUAUGUUUUAAGAUACCUUGGUUUUCAAUUUUUAUAUAAUAUAUACGCUUAUUUUUUUUUCUUUACUGUGUGUUUGAUACUUGUAAAGUGUACGAUUAUUUUAUUUUUGUUUAUUUUUAUUUAUAAAUGAAAAAGUUUUUAUUUAACAUA